AUGGAGUGUGGUGAUGAAAUGCAAAGGGAGAACAUCUUCCAUACUAGGUGCUUGGUGAAUGACAAGUUGUGUAGUGUGAUUGUAGAUGGUGGGAGUUGUUGUAAUGUGGACAAGUUGGGUUUGCCUACUACCACAUAUCCAAAACCAUAUGGCUUGCAAUGGUUGAAUGAUUGUGGGAAGUUGAGGUUUACAAAACAGGUGGUUGUGCCAUUCACCAUUGGCAAGUAUAAUGAUGAGGUACUUUGUGAUGUUGUGCCUAUGGUUGCUACGCAUCUUUUGUUGGGCCGUCCAUGGCAGUAUGAUAGAAGUGUUGUGCAUGAUGGUAGGAAGAACAGGUACACGGUCACUAAGGAAGGUCGAACAUACUCAUUGCUUCCUAUGACACCAGGUCAAGUGCAUGAAGAUCAAAUGAGGAUUCUUAGAUCCAUUGAAGAAAAGAAAGAAACUUGGAGAGAAAAACUUAGAGAGGCCGAGCUGGAUGAGAGUGAAAAGAAAGAGAAAAGAGAAACAAAAGAAAAGAAAAUGAGAACAAAUGAGAAAAAGGAAAGCUCGGGGCAAAAGGAGAGUGGAGAGAAAAGAAUGAGUUUGUAUGUGAAGGAAAGAGAAGUUAGAGAGGCUUUACAUUCAGGAAGACCUCUUUGUGUACUUAUGUACAAGGAGGUUAAUUUAUGUGUUACUGACCUUGAUUCACAUUUGCCUAGUGAUGCUUUGUCUCUUAUACAGGAAUAUGAAGAUGUCUUCCCGGAUGAGUUGCCACCAGGAGUGCCACCUAUCAGAGGGAUUGAGCACCAGAUUGACUUAGUACCUGGAGCACAAAUACCGAAUAGACCAGCAUACAGAACAAAUCCUAAAGAAACAAAGGAGUUACAAAGGCAAGUGGAGGAGCUUAUGGAGAAGGGCUAUGUUAGGGAGAGCAUGAGCCCAUGUGCUGUACCUGUGUUGCUAGUGCCUAAGAAGGAUGGGAGUUAUCGCAUGUGUGUGGAUUGCAGAACCAUCAAUAAAAUCACUGUAAAGUAUAGACACCCAAUCCCUCGCCUUGAUGAUAUGCUUGAUGAGUUGCAUGGUGCAAGUGUGUUUUCUAAGAUAGAUUUGAAAAGUGGUUACCACCAAAUAAGAAUGAAAAUUGGUGAUGAGUGGAAAACUGCUUUCAAAACUAAAUAUGGGUUGUAUGAAUGGAUGGUGAUGCCAUUUGGGCUCACAAAUGCUCCUAGCACUUUUAUGCGUUUAAUGAAUCAUGUGUUGAGGAAUUUCAUUGGAAAAUUUGUUGUUGUGUAUUUUGAUGAC